ACAACUUGCCUAAUAAUUCUGCACUCCCUGUAUAUGAAUGGACCAUGCGACAGGCAUGAUAUGAGAAAUAAAUUCAAAAUAUUAAAGGCAGAAUUUCAAAGCUUCUGUGUAAAUAAAAAUAACUUGUGGCAUCAUUUUAUAGCAUGCAGGCACUGAUACAUGUGCGGGCUUCUAAAAAAUGUGUGUUUGACUGUCUGCGUGCGGGCUGAAGUUUCAAGGCUGUCUUUAAGUAGGUGAUUUCCCCAUUUUUUGUCUUUUAUCCAAUCUUCACUGUGAUCUGUAGAAUUUUCCUCCGAAAUAGUAACAGUGCACCGACAGCACCACUUUGAUUAAAGUGGAGCUCAGAAUUACAGGGCCCUUUGUAGAACAUCUGGCUCAGAAGCACCCUGUGCCUGUAAAUAUGACACUGUUCUGUAACAUUCGUCUGUAUUUAAUAAAAAAACUAGUACCUUUAGUCCGAUUUUGUGCACCGAUGUCUUAGUGAGUAUGCUGAUUCAUCAUAAUACAGUAUUUCAACUGUCAGUGUGACAAUCCAAUAACAGAGCGCACAACCCAAAACUUAUAAUUACAUUAAAAAAAUAAUACAUCAACUGCGACAUGUGUCCUCAGUGCAGAAUAGCAACUGUCACAAUCAAUGUUGACUGGAAAUGAUUUUAAUAUAUAUAUUUUUUUAUCUUUUUGUCCAAAACUAGUUGAACUAGACCUUCAUUAUCUCCCGAUUAGUCAUUGAGAUUUAAUAGUGGUGGGAACUAGUGCAGAAAUGUGCAUUCCACUGAGAAGUAGUUGAUGUGCUGUCAAGCUGUGUGUGUGUGUGUAAAACUAUAUUUGUGUGAAAAAGACAAAGCCUUGGUCAUGCAAGGUGCUGUAAUCCACUCGGUGACCUCCAGAGCCUGCUCGCUAUGUGAAUGUGUGUGUGUGAAAAUGUGUCACCAGAGCCUUGCUUAUGUUUGAUGGUGGUCUUAUCCACCCGAUGACCCUCUGAACCAGAUGGUGUGUGACUGCAUGCCUGUGAGAGUGUGUGUGUGUGUGUGUGUCCCACCUCUGAGCCUCCUGGCACUCCAGUCAGUCCCCACACCCACCAGUCCUCCAACACCACACACCCCACUUCCCGCCCUCCUUCAUCCUUUCAGUUGGGUGUGAUCACAUCAAAGCAAAAAAGGGAGGAUUACAGGUUUGUGCCCCAAAGGAAGCUAGCAUCCCUCUAACUGUAACUCUCUCUCGUUCUCGCUCUCGUUCUCUCUCUCUUUCAUUCCUGCCACUUUCCCAGUGGGGCCCCCGUAAUCCCUACGGUGUCAGAAGGUCAGGGGACCGUGUCAUGGAUAACCCACUGGGGCACAUAUAAUACAGCUAAUAGUUAGCUAACAUGAACAUAAAGACAGAUCCAAAUUUUUUUAUCAUCUCUUUUUCCCCUAGGCUCUAUUGUUCAUUUUUUUUCUUUAUCAUCUUUGUUUUAUUUCAAGUCGUAGUAAAAACCAUAAUUCCCAGCAAGAAUGGGAGUUUUCUGCUGUUUAGAAACACUUGUAUAUGGCUACAAGUGUUGCUGAACAGUAGACAAAUGGUUCAACUCCUGCUUUUAAACAUAAAUUCACACAUACGCAAACACACACAUGCAAAUAGAUAAGAUCGGUAUGGCGAUACAACUGGCAGAAUGGACUCGACAGUUGUAAUGACGCUAAUAGUGCACUUAGUCCUGGCAUUUGUUUUAUGUUGGGUCAGUGCGCGACACGCACAUAGCCUUCAAAACACAAAGAGAAAAAGCAAAGCUCUUGGUUGGGAUCAGUGCUAUUUUAUGCUCUACUUUUGCAGCCGUGGCAUCUCGGCCCUCAUAUUUAUGCAUCUGUUGAGCAAAUGUUUAUGAUGCGACGCCGCUAGCAGGUGUCACUCUAGUCCCAGAUCAGUUUUCAGGGUACGGUUGGUCCACUGUGGAUGUAGGCCAAUUGAAACUAUUGUUUCCUGUUACUCUUGAAGAGUCUAUUGGACCGUGCAUCUGUCCUCGAGGAUUUUCAUAACAUUCCACAUCAGGGUGCAGCAGCAGUGUAAUGCACUUGUGCAAAUUCGUCUCAGUUUCCAGAUAAAUUGAAAGAGUUGUUUAGGAGAAUGGAUGUAUGGUCACUGGUCGCAGUGAAUGCCAAAAAGUGCGGGAAGUUUUAUUCUGGGUUCCUCACCCAUCUUCAUCUAUAAGUAGGAAAGGAGCCUCUGCUGAAACAAUUCUCCAGCCUCGAUUUCAGAUAAACACUCGACCAUCUGUUAACCGGUCAUGUGGCCUUAUUGCAACUGUGUGACAAUUUAGUGACAAUUCACCAGAUGCAUUAAGAUUUUUCAAAAGCCAUGUCCAGUUAACUGAACUAAAAUGAGUUACUUGCCAGUGCUUGCCUUCUCUUUUGAGAAACAGGAAGCUGCUCAAACUGGACACAGCUAUAAGAUGCCCUGUAAAGCCCAGGACCAGUGAAGUUCACUGCUGCAUUGAACAUGUAUGCAUUUUAUUGUUAAGAUUGUUGAAAUUACCGCAAGGUUCAAUAUUUGGCCAAGUAAUUUCCUUCCAACAGCAACCCACUGCUUCCCUCAGCACUCAUGCUAAUGGGUGCACCUUUUAAAGUCAGUAUGGCGUCAUGAACUUCAAUGAAGUGUAGAAGCACUGGCAGAUUUUCUUUGUUUCUGGCUGGUUUCUUUACAGUUUCCUUCAGAAAUCCUUCCUCAGAAAUGUUUCAUCGCUACAUUAAUAUUAGUAGUGUGGAUGCCUCAUGCCAUUAAAUAAUCUGGCUACCUUGCAGACUUAUUCUGGGGUUUGGCCUUAAGGACAAGAAGCCAGACUCUAGCCUGGCUGUACUUUUUUCAAGCACCAGAAGUUGUAGGCAGCAGAGCUUUAGGCAGCUUCUGUUGUUCCACAUCAGUAUUAGUGCUGUUCUCACAGCUGAGUAACAUGUUUCCAUAAAGAAACUACAUCUAAAAACUACAAUCUUCUACAAUAUAAAGGUGAUAUAUAUGCAGGCUUAAGCAAUUUCUUCUUAUUUUUUCAGGACUGAUGUAAUUCAAAGUGUUAACUUUUGGUGGUCAUGGUUUAUCAUGCCGUCCAUCAUAAAUACGGUGCUUUAUAUAACACAGAGACAUGGUAAAGUUAAUUAAUCAUCCUAAGAAACCAGGAGUCUGUGGAUCCAUUUCUGUAAUCUUAGAAAAAGAUAAAUAUUUUUAUGUCAUAAAAUAUGCACCGACUAUAUUUCAAAAACACUAUAAAUGUUUCUGAUUCAUCAAAUUAAGAAAUCUUUCAUGAGGGCGAGGAUUAGAAAUAAUGUGUCAUCAGGACUUUUUCUGCAACUGUCGCUCUAUGAAUAACUAUGUAUGAAAGGAACAUCUGUCAAAGUAUAAUUAAUUAUUUCAUUAUAGUCAAAUUAGAAAUCAUGCCCACAUAAUGUGCACUGCUUAAAUGCUCUUAAAUACAUACAAUAGCCGAAUUAAGUCCUAGGCUCUCCAGUCUGAUUACACAACAUGAAACUAACACAACCAAAUCCCACCCCCAGCUUAUGAAACUCAAUCCAGUUAACACACUUUAGCUCAGCAAACCCUGUUUUUGUAACAAACUAUUGAAUCUAAAUUACUGCCUGUAUCUAUAUUUUACUGCGAGUAAUAAGCAUCGUGUCAUGAAGAAGCAUUUUUUAAUUAUUUAUGAUUUCAUAGUUUGUCACACUUGUUUCAGAUCAUCAAACAAAUGUUAGUAUUAGACAAUGAUAACCUGAGUAAAUACAAAACACUUUGUAGAUGAUUACGUUCAUUAAGUGUAAAACCUGCAAAGCCAGAACUGCAGUCGAGCAUUUGAGAUAACUGGUAAUGAGUUCAUGUUUGGAUCAGUUAGAGCGAGUUAUAGGAGGUCCUGAAGAAGCAAAGCAGCCCAGACCAUCACACUACCACCACCCUGCUAUGAUGUUGUUUAUAUGAAAUGCUGUGUUUUACACCAGAUGUAACUGGAGUCAAACCUUCUAAAAAGUUCAACUUCUGUCUUGUCAGCCCACAGAAUAUUUUCCUAAAAGUCUUGGGGAUUAUCAAGAAGGUUUCUUUUUGGCAAAUGUGACAUUAACCUUUGUGUUGUUUUUGGUCAGCAGUGGUUUUUCUCCUUUGAGCCCAGUCUUUUUCUUAUCACUGAAUCAUGUAGACUACACUAACUGAGGCAAGUGAGGCCUGCAGUGCUUUAGAUGUUGCUCUUGGUGCCACUGUUCACAAUUUAAAAGCUGCAUUUUGUAUUUCAUCUGGUUUUCUUUGCCUAAUAGUAAAGCUUCUUUGAUCUGGAACGUUUAAGUGUGACAAAUAUGCAAAAAAAAAAACAACGUAGAUCUCCAAAUGGGCCAAAUACUUGUUCACAGCACUGCAGAGCACAAUGAAGACCCCUGCGUGGGAGACACUUGUCUAAUGGUGAUCCCGGGCAAUCUAAAAAUCAUUUCAGUUCAGUGACUUGUAAUAAAACAAAGAUUCACUAAGACGCUAUUAGGAAACUGAGCCCUCAUCUUCAAUAGCUCACAAGCUUCAGCUGGGACAAAAGCCUUUGUUGGGACACAGAGCUCACUGCACAGCCUGUAGAGACAUCAGACUAGUUUAUGACAGACGGGUCAGCAGGGGGCGGGCGGUGGGCUGAAAACAUACAUAUAGCUUUAAUUGUACUCAUGGCAGUGUGCAUGAAAGUCUUUAAAGCGCUGAAGAUAAGUGUGCAUUGUUUGUAAAACUGCGAGCAAUCAGGGAGACAAGACACACACACAAACUUCAGUGAACCCCUAAUGUGAGACCCAUGACCUGGUGAAAGGGGUUUUCUAGGUGUGUGAGAGAGUGUAUGAGUGUGUGUGGGUCAGGGUUGCCAGGCACAGUAUGCCACCUGCGACUGGAAUGAAGACUAAAGGAGUGGGACAACAGAGAAGAAGAUGCACAACACAAUGUGACUGUGAGUGCUACACUUUCAGUAGACAGGCCCUACAGAGUGCUUUACAUCUUAUGAGUGAAAUAUCUUACUGAUGGGCCAAAAAACCUCCUACAUUAGAAGUUGAAAAAAUAACUAGCUAAAUAACUAAAUAAAGAAAUGGCACCCUCUGCGACUGUCCUGCCCACCUAGUUAGCAAGGCAUCAGUUUGUACUGCCUUGGUAAAAACUUCUCUCGUUAAAACUUUUCAUUUAUUUAUUUGUUUAUUAGAAUUUCCAUUAGCUCAGCUCUAAAGUGUAGCUACUCUUACUGAGAUUGACUUUAACAGCAGUAAAUUAAAUUAGAAUUGAAUUCCAAACUUGAAUUUUCAGUGGCUUCUUGAAGGAAACAUUUGAUGCAGAUAGAAGUCAUAUACUGUAAUCAGUCAGUGUGCACUGUAUUUCCAGCUAGCCAGUAGUAACUUGAAGUCUUGUAUGUCCUUGUUGAAAAUCCUGUAUGUCAGGAACUACAUUUAACUACGUACUCACAUCUUUUAUCGGUAUCAAACAUCCAAAUUGUCAAAAGUGAAACUCUGUGAGCUUUCAGGUUUUUGAAAGGAGGCUGUGAAAGCUCUGUGAUUAGCUUAAUACAUUAAAAAGCCUUUGGAAAUGACCAAACUCCAACAACGCUCUGGUCCUGCCUUGGAGUAUUUGGGAUGUACUGACCGUUCUGUUUGAAUGGACGGACGAAAACAUCGUCCUGGAGGAGUUGUUGCAGUUGAAUGGAUGCUUUUAUACUUUUUUCCCCGUGAAAAUGUAUCAAAGGAAUACAUUGUAGCUUACCAUAUAGAGACUGACCCCAGAGAGAGAGAGAGAGAGAGAGAGAGAGAGAGAGAGAGAAGACAAGGCUUCUGAGCCCACCAUCACAUCAAAGACUGUCACUAAAGAUUUUGCAAAAUAUACAUUUUUGGUCCAUCUGUAAACCUAAAACACAUGUAAGCUGUUUGAAAAAAAGAAGCAUAUUUAUGAAUUUGUGUAUUCAAAAGCCUGGGCAUCAUGAAUGGUUCACCAAAGCUUCAACUCUGAUAUGUGUCUGAAUGAUGUAAACCCUCAUGUUCUAUAAAUGUGUGCCAAUUACCCUCUUACCAGCUUCAGCGUACGUGUUCUCCGCAUCAGCCUGAGUUACUCUUAUGUAUCUGGAAAUCUCUGUUUCUCUGUGUGUUUAUAGUGACUUUAACUGAUCUCUUAUCUAAAUGCAUCAGUAAACCAAGCCAUGAGUCAUUCACUGUAAGUGUCAAGUCACGUCUCACAGCACAUAUAACCCUGUUUCAAGGCUCACCUGAGCUCGCAUGUUUAUGUGCAUGUAACAACACCAGGAACGCACCAAACCAAACCAAACCAAACAGUUUUUAAUAGAAUGUCACAAAAUGCAACGCAAAAGCAAUGUGAAAAGAAGAAAAUCUGACUGGUUUAUUGAGAUAACAGCUGGUAGCAUGAAUUCUUAAGGCUCAUACCAUUAGACCUGUAGCUCUCAAACCGUGGACUGGGCCACACUGGUGUUGCAGAGAGCCAUUCAGGUUGGGUGUUGAUGGCUAGGCAAAAAAAAUGGUAAAAUUCAAUUGAACAAGUAUGUAUUUUUGUAUGAAAACUGGUUUAGCCAACUAUAUUUAAGCAAAAUUUUAACAUCAGUUCUAUUCCUUUAUUUGGUACUUUGGUAAAUUAUCAGGUGGGUGGCGAGGCUUUUGGCUUCUGAAGCAUUGCGUGUCAGAAAAAGACUGAGAACAGCUGCAUUAGAACAGCUGUAGAAUAAGUGGAAGCAGUUUAACCUGAAACAGUGGAAAAAACGUUGGUAAUGGUAAUGAAGGACUCUGAAAAAGAAAACGUUUCAGCCAGGUCCCAUCAUAGAUACACAGUAGCAUAUCCACACACACUACGGACAGCUCAGUGUGUGUCUCUGCCCCCUUUGACGCCCCUCCUUUAACCUCCCACCUUUUCUUCAACCCCUCCCUCUCUCUCUCUCUCACGUUUUCCCUCUAUCUCUCUCUCCCUCCCUUGAAUUAAGUCCAUUAUCCCAGCCCGCUCUGCCUCUGAGCAAGUCUACUCUGCUCAGCUGCUGCGAAAACUCCGUGUAUGUGUGAACUCCUUGCAUGCAUGUGUUAAGAAGAGUUUUAUGUGUGUGUACAGGCUUGUGUGUUUUUGUAAGUAGAGCUGAAGUGCAGCCGUUCAUCAGUGGAGCUGACUGCAGGCAGGGGGAAUACUCAGAUCUCGCUUUGCUGCUUUUUAACUUCACUUACUUACUUUUUGGACUUUUUGAAGACUCACUGGACAUAUUUUGCACCAUAGUGGAACUCUGCUGUUAUUCUCUUUCUGUUCAUGCACCAUUCCCAUAACUGGAAAUAAAGGAUUUUUUUCAAUUUUUUAAUCAGAUUUCUUAAAAGAAGUUUUCAGGUAUUUCCACCUGUUUAGCUGAUCUCAGCUCUCACUUUCUGGACUGGUCAGUAACUGUUUUUUCAUUAGUCCAUAACUUGUAUUAUCUUUCUUGCUUAAAUCAGAUAUGAAAAAUCUUGGGAAUGGGUUUUUGAAAGCACGCAACAAAAACUGAAAAGGUUUGUGUUCAGUGAUUUCUGCAUAUAAGUAGAGGAAAGACUAUGAGAAAGUAAAAUGAAACAGAACAGUGUGGUAACAAUGGAUACUGUCUGCGCUGCCAGAGGCAUGUUGGGCUCAGGUGGAUGCUGAUCCCGACCUGGAAUGUUCUGAACUCCUGUGGAAUUUGGUUCCCCUGGAAACGGAUAGGCAGGUCUAUGUGUCCAUGUUUAAUGUUUAUGGCCCAUCUUUGAUGUGAGAGUUCAGCUUGAUCAUCCUUCAGAGUCCCAAGAGAACGACGUUACGCUGAUUAUUGAGACUCUAAAAAGAAGACUGGAAGAGAAAAAAAAUAGAAGCCAACACUUUUUCAAGGAUCCUUCCAAUAAAUCCUUAAAAGGCCGGUCCCUGCUUCUGUCACACAGAUUCUGAAGACUGAAUCAGAACCAGGACACAACUAUAGCUUCUAUUAAUAAAUUAAAACUUAAAUAAAUAAAUUGACAGACUCUGCUUUUGAAAGAAAGGAGUUUGCUUUACGUUUGCCAAAAUGAUGACUAUGAUGAUGAUGGUGGUGGCCACGAUGGUCACCUGCAGCUCUCUGUUCCUGCUGGGGCUGGCCGCUGCCCAUGUGUCCUCCAGCACCGUGACCCGCACCUCCUCUUCAGCUUCUUCUUCUUCUUCCUCCUCCUCUUCAUCAUCCACUUCACCGCGCAUGAAGUUAUCAUAUAAAGAGUUGCAGCAGUUCCACGGAGUGCGACGGUUUGAGCUGGAGCGUUCCUGCUGCUUUAGCGCCCUGCUGUUGGAUGAAGAGAGGGGUCGACUGUUUGUGGGAGCCAAGAACUUCCUGCUGUCUCUGUCGUUGGACAACAUCGCCAAACAAGAACACAAGAUCUAUUGGCCUGCCCCUGUUGACUGGAGGGAGGAGUGUAACUGGGCUGGCAAAGACAUCACUUCUGACUGCGUGAACUACGUGAAGAUUGUACACCACUAUAACCGCACCCACUUAUACGCCUGUGGAACGGGUGCUUUCCACCCCACCUGUGCCUUUGUCGAGGUGGGACACAGGAUGGAGGACCACGUGUUCAGGAUUGACCCCUCUGAAGUGGAGGACGGGAAAGGAAAGAGUCCGUAUGAUCCUCGACACAACGCUGCAUCUGUGCUCGUCGGUGAUGAGCUGUAUGCAGGCGUGGCCACAGAUUUAAUGGGAAGGGACUUCACCAUCUUCAGAAGCCUGGGGAAACGCCCCUCUAUCCGCACUGAACAGCAUGAUUCAAGAUGGCUUAAUGAACCAAAGUUUGUUGGGUCCUUUUGGGUCCCUGAAAGUGAGAACCCAGAUGACGAUAAGGUCUUUUUCUUCUUCCGGGAGACAGCGGUUGAGGCUCAAGGGUUGGGAAAAUCUACCUACUCCAGAAUCGGACAGCUGUGCAGGAAUGAUAUGGGCGGUCAGCGAAGCCUGGUGAACAAGUGGACAACAUUUCUGAAGACCCGUCUGAUCUGCUCGGUACCAGGAGCUGAUGGCAGCGACACAUACUUCGAUGAGCUGCGCGAUGUUUUCCUGCUGCAGACGAGAGACAGAAAGAACCCUCUGGUUUACACCGUCUUCUCCACUUCCAGCAGUGUAUUUAAAGGCUCAGCUGUGUGUCUCUACUCCAUGAAUGACAUCCGGAGGGCCUUCCUGGGGCCAUUUGCUCACAAAGAGGGGCCCAACUACCAGUGGGUCCCCUUCCAGGGAAAAGUGCCCUAUCCCCGCCCCGGAAUGUGCCCCAGCAAGACAUUCGGCAGCUUUGAGUCAACAAAGGGUUUCCCAGAUGAUGUGAUUCAGUUCGCGCGUCACCACCCUCUAAUGUACAACCCGGUCUACCCUAUGAGCCGAAGGCCCAUCUUCAUCAGGACCAAUGUGGACUACAGCUUUACACAGAUCGCUGUGGACAGAGUCAAUGCUGCUGAUGGACAGUACGAUGUCAUGUUCAUUGGCACAGAUAAAGGGACAGUACUAAAGGUGAUCAGUGUCCCCAAGGAGAGCUGGAACAACAUGGAGGAACUUUUACUGGAGGAGUUGGAAGUUUUCAAAGACGCCUCAUCUAUCAUCAACAUGCAGAUCUCCUCAAAGCGGCAACAGCUGUAUGUCGGCUCUGACACAGGCCUUGCCCAGAUUCCACUUCACCGCUGCAGUGUAUACGGGAAGGCCUGCGCUGAGUGUUGCCUGGCCAGAGACCCGUACUGUGCCUGGGAUGGAACUUCCUGUACUCGCUACCUGCCAAACACAAAGAGACGUUUUCGCCGCCAGGAUGUAAGAAAUGGAGACCCUAACACUCUGUGCUCAGGAGAUCAUCAUAAGCAUCGUAUUGCAGAGAAGAAGCUGUAUGGUGUAGAGGGAAGUAGUACUUUCUUAGAGUGCGUCCCCAAAUCCCUUCAGGCCAGAAUCACCUGGACCUUCCAGAAACAUCCACAGAAUCGACGAGAAGAGGUCCGUCUAGAUGAUCGCAUACUCCAGACAGACAGAGGUCUUCUGAUUCGCCGUGUCCUGAAAAGAGAUAUUGGCAUCUACCAGUGCCAUGCAAUGGAGCAUGGCUUCACCCAAACUUUACUAGGCAUCACCUUAGAACUCGUACCUUCCACACCUUCAUUUGUCUCCAAUCUACCCUCCGAUGCCCCUGUUCGAUUAGACCCCCGCAGCGGAGGCGGACCAACAAUGACCAAUCAAAAGCUUUGGUACCGGGACUUCAUGCAGCUGGUGGACCAUCCGAACCUAAACACGGUUGACCAGAUUUGCGAGCAGGUUUGGGCACGCAGGAACACCGGUGGUGACCAGGUGGGUAAGGACAUCGCACCUCUGCGUCCUGCUGUCCGCCCACCUAAUAAGAAAUGGAAGCAUCUUCAGGAGAUAAGGAAGGGGAGAAACCGUCGGACCCACGAUGGGAAACCAAACCCGCGUGCGCCACGCAGUGCAGGGGAGUAACGAUGUGGAGAAAGAAAUGGAGGGAGAAAAGAAUGACUGAAACAAGAAGAAAGCAGGAGAACGACAGAGACUGAGAAACCAAGAACUCCUGGAGGUGUUCACGCAUACAGAUACACCCACAUACGCACACACUUACACACACGGACACACACAGCACCUCCUCUAUUGUGUAUAUUUAUCUAUGGAUGCCCCCACUAUAUGGUAGUCCAAUCCCUGAGUCCUCAUCCCACUGGCCAGUCCCUGCAUGUGCUGCUCUAACUGAUUCUGCACGAUCCCUUUAUAGUUCCACUAGAUUAGUGAGUUUACUAGCAGAUACAUGGGAGUAAACACACCUUUAUGUGUGAGCAAUAAACUCACUUACCUGUCAUGGGUUCAUAGCAAAGGAUUUCCACAUCUCAAAAAAUCCAAUUACACAUUGCGUGUAGUUAGUGCGUCACAGUGUGCACACUGUUUUAAAGGACUGAACCACAGAAACAAAUGUAAGCCCAAAAGUUUUGGAUUAACUCCAAACGGCUUUUCUGCCCUGAAGAUUUCCUGCCAGCGUAGCAAAAGUGUGGACUCUUGUUUUAUGCACAAUGGGACCGAACGGAGCAACUGGAACGUACAAAAAAGUAACUGGAAACACAUUACUAUUUGAGUUCAGUUGCACAGGCAGUUAAAAAAAAAGUAACAUUUGAAACUUGUUCAUAGAAAUGAACAACUUCCUGUGGUGUUGUACACAGCAAGUGCAUUCAUAAUAAUGUCACCUUUCCAUGGUUUUGCGCAUAUUACAUAAAGCUGUCACAAAAGAAAGAGCUGGCAUCCUGUGGAGCAGAUCAUCACAGCAAAUAACUGGUUAUGUUAUAUUUUGCUGUUUAAAAAAAUAUCUUUUGCAGUUUCCUCGGGCAAUUUAAGGCAUGUCACAGCAAACUAAAUUAAACAAUGCAAAGCAGGUGGUCAUAGUUAGAGAGCAGGCAUAUUUGGCCUGAUGUGAUUACAUAUAUUGUUUUACAUACUGGCUUGAACCACUGUAGAAAGAGUAGAGGAAAAUCUACUCGGAAUUCCAUGAAAUGACAAAAAAAUGUUUACAGUACAAAGACACAGAUGGAGCACAAAGAAAUCAGUUUGAAAGCAAAUAAUAACCUAAAUAAGUAUGUCUAAAACUAACCUGGUAUCUGUUAUGUGUAAAAAUACAAGAAAUACAGUAGGAAGAGCUCUGACAUAAUCCAAAACCUCACUCCAAAGAUUAAAAAUUAGCUGAUUUCAACAUUUUGUGCGUAAACAUUAAGACGAAAUGAUGACGGGUGUUUUUUGGGUGAGGAGCAUUAAUAUGGCAAGCAGGAUGAAGAGGAAAAGGAAAGAUAUUGGUGGACUCCAAGUAUGACAACCUGUGUUUCUGGGCUACGUUGCGGUAUAUAUAUUAGCAUGAUAUUUAUGAGUGAGUCUAUAAUUUUAAUUUUAAUUUUUUUUUUUUUUUUGGUAUUCGAAGUGGUACUUCUUUUGUUUUACACUGUUCUUGCAUAUAUUGUUUGUUUUUAAAUAGUUAUGCAAAGAUUUAAAUUAAGCGAGUCACAGAUUCUUCGUCUAGCACGGUUAUAAAAACCACAGCACAUUUUCACUGCAACAGAAAAGAAAAACAACUCUAUCUGACUUCAUACACUGUUGUAAUCACUUCUCGGUUUGGUGUUCCGGUCAUUAGUAUUACUGAUUUCUGCUGCUUAAUGAUGUCAUCCCUACAUAAUGGACAAUUAGUACUAUAAGGUCUUCCUUCUCAUGUCUUAGUCUAAUCUCUCGCUGUGUACUGUCUGUAUAGAAGUCUUUGUUUGUUGGUUGUCUGUGCUAACAUUGUGUGUGUAGCCCUGCCCCUAGUGUCCAUUGUGUGUACAGGCUUAGGUGAAGCCUACCUGUGGUACCAUACUUUAAUGUAUCAUAGUCUAUCCACAUGAAAGAAAGUGAAACUGGCUGGCCUUGUAAAAUAAAACAUGCUUUCUAUUUGCGUUCAGUCUGUUUUUCAUGAUGAAUAUGUGGUCUGUUUAUGUUUCAUGGCAUAAACUAGACCUGUGAGUGGACUUUUGAUGUUUGGAUUCAUUGUUGCUGUUAUUUAUAUACCUUCUUUAUAGAGAUGUAAUUAACUCGUUAAACUGAACUGAACCGACUGACGCCUGUAAAAGGGACACUCUGCAUUUUGACACCACGUCCAGGUAGAGAGGGGUUACUGCAUAAGUAAAUAAGUAAACUGAUUUUCAUUGCAGGAGCAUGCUGCUAGUCUCUGCAUGUGCCAACGCCUGCUUUUUAUUCACAGAACUACUUAAGUUGUGCUAAUAUUAACUCUAUAGGGGUUUUCCUUCUUACAAAACUGCAUUUUUUUUACACUGGUAGUGAUGUCAAACUGCCUGAGUAUUCCUUUUAACCCAGCUGUUGUUUUGUGCUUGAAAUUGCAUGACCAAUGUUAGUGGCUAAUGCAUUUGACAAAGGUGUGGUGGCAAGAAAGAGAUGGGGAGAAAGAAAGCACAAUGUUGAAUAUUAUUAUUAUUAUUAUUCGUAUGUAUUUAUGUGCAAAGAUAAGCUGAUAUGUUGUGGUGGAUUUUUAUUUUUCCUAUACAUGUAGAUUUACAUCUGUGUUGUUUGUGUUUUGCUUAAAAUUACUCAUCCCCAACAAUUUUGUACAUUACAGCCAAUGGAGAAGCUCUUCCUUAAAGACAGUGUCCACUUAGAGUCUUUGAUGUGCACACAGUCCUCCAAUCAAAUAGUCCUGUUGGAUUCCAUGUCAUGUGACGCACCCCUGUUCAACAGCUCACAAGGAGAAGCUUGUAUGUGUGUGUUUGUGUGUGUGUGUGUGUGAGGGUGGGUGAAUUGUAUGCUUCUGUUUUAUGCGUGUGUGUCCGUGUGUGAGUCUCGGGGGGGAAAGCAAAGCUCUGUAUAUAAUGGCAAAGGAACAGCUGUGUGUAGAGUGGUCUGUAGAUGAAAGUUCAAAGGUCGAAGGCCAAAGUAACGUGGUGCACUGUAAUACUCCCAGUUAUUUGUGAAAUGUCUUGUCAUGUUUUUUUUCAUUAACACAAUAAAAAUAUGCAGUUACUUCCA